CGCCUUGGUGUAGUGGUAACAGUGAACCAAAAUGGAUCCACAAGAUGUUCCACAAUCGUUCGAACCUCGCUCGUUUAGUCUAAUUUAUGCCUUUUUAGAGUGAAGUCCAGGUCAAUCUUUUAGCGUACUACAGCCUCUCUUCCACAACUGUCUGUCAUUUAUGAUUAAACAGUAAUUCUCUUUUUAAGAAAAGCUGCAUCGGUAGACGGAAUAUCAGGAUGAAGGCUUCUAUUGUGGAUCCCAUAGGCCUCGACGUACCCAUUCAGAAGGUUUAUCCAUCAUUUACAGAACGAUAUUUCCAGCAAAAGUACAGUAUUGAUGUUGAUGGCAAGACUAGUGAAGAUCACUGUGUACUUGUUCAUUCCAAUAGAAUUUGUAUUGUCACUUUAGCUCCCACACAUCCAGUAAUUGCAUCCCGUAAAACAAUUUCAAAAGUUAAUUUUCAAGUGGCUGACAAAACAAAUAGGCUUCAGAAUACGGUUCAGGGAAAGCGAAAACAUGGUGCACAGACCUUGAAUCCUAUGUCAAUAUUGUGUAUGCUUGAAUGUGAGGAUGGUACUACAUAUACUGUACGGAGUUGUGUGUUUGGCAAGCUAAUUGAAAUCAAUGAAAAUUUAGUUGAAAAUCCUCAGUUGUUGUUUGAUAAACCCGACUCAGAUGGGUAUAUAGCUAUAGUGCUUCCAAACCUGAGUACUAAUGAGAAAUUCAAAACUAAUUUGUUACUAAAAGAAGAUUAUUUAAAGGAAGUGGAAAAAAGAACAACUGUAAAUGAAAUAAAACCUUAGUAUUAGCACAAAUAUGUUUCAAAUACAUUGACCAAGCUUGAAA